UGGCGGUGCGGCUGUGCAGGAGGAGCAGGGCGGCCUCGGUGCCCGAGGGUCCCUUUCCAGGGCAUCUGGUGGACGUAAGCGGCACCGGGACCCUGUCCCAGAGCUACCGGUACGAGGUGUGUCUGUCGGGGGAUUCCGGGACAAAUGAGUUAAAAUUUCUGAAGCCGAUUAUCCCCAACUUCUCUCCUCAGUGCCCUGGGAAAGAAAUAGAGGGAAAUCCUACCUUCCUGAAUAGCAUUGAGUUCAAUAUUCAGUGACCAUAAUCGACUUUUAUAUUCCAUAGGUAUUUUAUUUUUUGGCAUUUCUAUACCAAUGUUUAUUUUCCCCAAUUUGUGUGUAUUUAAAAUUGUACUGAUUUACUUGCAGUUUUUCUCCUGUUCUUUCUCCCUUUGCUUUUAUGUGAACAUUUACUUUUAUUCCUGGUUCUUAAAAGGUAGCAAUUCACUCUUUAACCUAGAUGGUCUUAAUUUGUAAUUAAUUUGCCUCCCUAAAGUACAAUACCAAAUCACAUUUUUCCAUGUUCCUGUCUUCAGUUGAACUUCACACACAAGUAUGCUUACAGUAAAAUAAUAGACCAAUUUAGAAGUCCUUCAAAUUUUCCAGCAUUUUUUCGUUUGAUUUUUCUUGUUUUUGCAGUUUUAAAAUAAUGAUUGCUAUUAAGAUACAUCAUUUGUGUUUUUUCAAUCCAGUAUGUUUUUAAUUAACCUUAAAUAUGUUAUUACUCUCAAAAGUAAACCAGAAAACCUAUAUCCUAUGAUACAACUCUUAUUAUGUGAUUUGAAAGGGUCAGAAGACCAGUUUCUUAGUAUCCUUUCGUCAUUCAUCCUGGAGAGGAUUGUGCAAGCACAUUAAGAUUGUGGCCAUUCACAGAAUCUGGGAGUAUAAAGCUAUAAUUGUUUAAUUAAUGUCACAAGGCUCUAAUGCAAUCUAGUGGAGUGCAGAUGCCUGUACCCAAAUAAUAAUUUGUAUAGCACAAAGUGGACUUGUGUGUUAAUGUAUAAAAAAUUUUUGCCCUUACUAUCAUAAAAUUUAAUGUAUAUAUACCAGAAACUAUUUUUCAAACUUUUUUUACUGCAACCAAUAUUAAGAUAAUAUUUUACAUAUUUGGCAACACACAAGCUUAAUAGAAAGAAAUGUUUGUCAACAAUGCUUAGUCUUUUGUGACAUAAUUUGAAGUUACCUGUAUUAUUUCAUUCUAUUCAAUUUUCAAAUGUGGUCAUGAUCCACUAAAUUUAUUUCAUGGUAUACUAAUGGGUAGUAGCCCAAAGUUUGAAAACCACUUUUCUGGGGCAUGUAAAAGUAUACCAGAUGUUGAACACCGAGAGUAUCAAAAAAUAGUCCUUUAGGUUCUAAUUAAAAAUUUUUUUCAAACCAUUGUAGAGGAGUAGCUUUGUCUCAUAUUAAACCACCUUGCCUUUGAGGAUCUGACAUGACUAUGUAAGAAAAAGACUUCAUAGUAGUAGGAGGAGGUUUUCCAUGAAUGUUAUCAAAAAGUAUAAAGCCUGUAUGUUGUGGGAGAAAAUGUAGGAUAACAAAAUGAGUAAGAGUAUAAAGGCAAAGGAAUCGUGUAUGUGAGAGAGAGAGCAAGCAUGGGAAAGAGGAAAUUCAUGGGGAUGAGUAAAAUGACUACUUUCAAUGCUACAAAAUAGACUCAAUUGCUUCUCUCUCUCUCUCUUUUUUUUUUUUUUUUUUUUUUGAGACAGUCUCCUGCUCUGUCACCCAGGCUGGAGUGCAGUGUUGCAAUCUCCACUCACCGCAACCUCCGCCUCCAGGGCUCAAGUGAUCCUGCCACCUCAGCCUCACAAAUAGCCAGGAAUACAGGCCCAGGCUACCACAUCCACUAAUUUUUGUAUUUUUAGUGGAGAUAGGGUUUCACCAUAUUGUCCAGACUGCUCUUGAACUCAAGCAAUCCACCUGCCUCAGCCUCCCAAAGUGCUGUGACCACAGGUGUGAGUACCUGGCCUCAACUGCUUCUUGAAGAUAUUUUAAAACUUUAUCCUGACAUUGUAGAGGGACUGGGUAUUAGUCAGUUGAUAAUACCAAGAAGUGUAAUCUCCCUUUCUAGCAUAUCUAAGACAACCUAAUGUUUACACUUCUUACUAAGAUUUCACUACCAGUUCUGUUGAACUAUGUCAACUGAGUAACUAUUCUUUUCUCUUUUCUUUCUUUGUUUAUUUUUUAGAGACAGGGUCUCACUCGGUCACCUAGGCUGGAGUGCAGUGGUGCAAUUAUGGCUCACUGCAGCCUAAUUCUAUUGGUGGAGGAGGAAAGAGCAGUUCAAAUGCUCAGAUAGAAAAUCUAGCACGGGCAGCAGUGGAGAAAAGGGCCAAGUACUUGUCAUAUUACUUCCAGUUUUUCUAGAUAUAUGAGCCUCAGGACUCCUCUCUUUAUAAAAAGAACUGUGAGUUUCCUGGCUCUUAUGAGGAGUGACCAGGAGCUCAAAUACAUAUAACCAACCAAUGCUCCUAGAAUGUAUUGCUAAAAACAAAUUUUGCUCUUAUGCUUCAAAGACCUCAUUUAUAGUUAUACUUAAAACAGUACAUAGGAAUCAAGCUGUAUCAGCCAAUUUUACAUGAAAGAACUAUUGGUUGUAAGUGACUUAGAACAUAAUUUUAUAUCCAGUGGGGGUUAAGGGACACAGAAAAUAGAGACACAAGAGAUGGCCCAGCCUUACAGAAUGGAUUCUCUCGAAAACCCUUACAAUAAAAACCAAAUAACAGAUUUUUUUUUAAUUAGGCAAGAGUAUGGGGGAAAAAAGGACAUAAGGGCAUUUUAUCUUACAAAAACAUUUUUCUCUUUAUCUUUCUAUUUCAAGUUCUGCCACCAGAUACUUGAAAAUUACUGAAAUAAGUUAUUUAAUAAGUUAUGUUAAAUAACUUGAAAUAGAAAGAUAAAGAACUUAAUCAGUGAAUCCACUGAUUAACAACAUGACCUCUCAGUCUCUAGGUCUUUACCUCUACCCCUGUUGUUCAGUCAUUAACACCCUGGCUAGAUAUUGUACUUUUUCCCCACCUAGAAACCAUUCUAUGAUAUAAUAAUUUCAAAUAUCUUCUUCUGAGAGCGCAAUUGUCUGUGCCUAUAACCUUCUCAUUCUGCUGUUCCUAUCACCUCUUGUCUCUGAGCUUAUCAGGAGCUCCAUUCCAUGAUGCUGCUACUACCUAUCAAACCCUCCUGUUCUAAGUUCCUUCCUAUCCAGCUGAUUUCCUGGUUUACCACUCCCAAUCACUCUCAUGCCCAUAUUCUAAAUUUCCUUGUUCAGUUUUCCUUCACUAAAACCACUUAAUGAAACUCCAGCCCACAUGAAUAUAGUCCUCCUCCUCUCUUACACCAGGGCUGCUGCAGUCUGUAAGACCAAAUUAACAAAAUCAGCAAGACCACUGCCACUAUAAUCAUAUAUAUCCCAACCUAAUUGGGCUUCUGAGACCAAGAACUCCUUUUAUAAUUUUUCGAAUGAGCUCUCUUUUCCAUUCACCAAAACAUCUAUUUUAAACCUACCUAUCUUACUUUAAACUUCUUAGCCUACCAUUUACAUACCCCCUUUUAGCAGAUGAACUUGCCUAAUACCUUAUUGAGAAAAUAAAAUCCAUCAGCUAGAAAUUCAUUUUCCUGUCCCCUACUCCACAGCUUUAACAGCAUCUGUCUCUAUACUUUUCACCUUCUGUAGUCUCUCCCACCAGUCUAAGUCCAAUCCCUUCAUACAUUGCCUGGAUCCCAUCUUUAACACCCUUUUUAGGGGAAUUGCAUUCUCUCCUCUGUAUCGUAAUUUUCUCCUUCCCUAUUGAACAUUACACAUAGGCAUUUUAAAUAUAUUCAAGUUUCUCUAGUUUUAAAAAAUAACCUCUGAGUCUGAAUUCUUCUCCAGAUACCAAUGUAUUUCUUAUUCCUUUAACAGCCUAUUCAUUCUUUACAAAUUUCUUGAGAGCCUGGCAGCAGUGAGCCAUAAUUGCACCACUGCACUCCGGCCUGGACAACAGACCUAGACCCUGCCUCAAAAAAAAAAAAUUGUUGAAAGGGCUAUCUCAUUUUUGCUUCCUCAUUCCUCUCACUUGGCAGCGAAGUAAAAUCUAAUUUUCUUCAUAACCAUUCUAUUGAAACUGCUAUUGCAAAGGUUAUCAAAGAUUUCUGUGCAAGUUCAGUAAGAUUAUAUCGUGGAAACAAUGUGAUGCAAUGACACAGUGACUUGUAAACGUCUCUGUUUUUCACAUGACAGUAGCAAUGUAAAAAUUAUUAGGUAUAUAGGGCAGCUUCGAUCUUACAGUCCUUCUGCAACCAAAUUUUCUUUCAAGUAAUUGCUUCAAAAUUCCCUAUGGCGAUACUAUAAUCUGCAUGGGUAUAGCUGGGUCACUGCUAUAUUUGGGUUCUAGCUCGCUUAGAAGAAAGAAGCAUAUCCAGAUGAUAUCUAUUCCAGACCUGGAAGGGGCAGACAGAAAUUCUGCUCACAAUCCAUCUGUAAGAACUUAAUUGACUUGGCCACACCAAACUACAAGGGAGGCUGGGAUUGGCAAUCUAUCUUCAUGACCAUGUACCUGGGUAUAGUUCUAUUCCUAUAGAAGCAAGAGAAAACAGAUUUUGUCAGAUAUCUAUCUGAGUCCUCCACAAUGACCAUAUUUUUAAGUCAAAUAGAUAAUUGUCAUACUUAUUUUUCUUGACUUUUCUGAAGCAUUUUCAGCUGUUGACCUUCCUUAUCUCCUUAAAAUGCUAUUUGCUUUUGAUUUCAUGAUUUUGAACUCUGAGCCUUCCUUAUCUUUUCAAAUAUACUUCUUGCCCUGUCUCCUCUAAAUGAAGAUGUUUCUCAUAUUUCUGUGCCAAGCCUCUUCUAUACUUAUUUUACAUACUUUUGCUUGGUUAUCCUAGAGCUUUCAUGGUUUCAAUCACCACAUAUAUACUGAUUAAUCCCAAAGUUCGUAUCUCCAGCCGAGAUUUAUUUCCUAUGCUUCAGUUAUAUGCAAACACACACACACACACACACACACACACACACACACAUACACACACACUCUACAGGCACUUAAUAUCAGCAUGUUCAAAACCGAACACAUCAUCUUUUCCACCUCAAUCAUGUUUUUUCAGCAUUCCCUACCUUGUGAAUGGCACUCCUAGCCAUCCAGUUGCUCAGUCCAGAGGUGGGAUAUCAUCUCUGAAUCUUUCCCCUUUUCCUCCCCAUGUAACCUAUGAACCAACAGUUGAAAAUAUUUCAUCUCCUACUACCUUUCUACUCAUCCCUCUUCUCUCCAUCCAUACUGGCAUUACCCCCAGCCAGACUAUCAUCAUCUCUUAUCAGAUCUCCUUGAUUCCCCAGUCAUUCCCCCUGAAAUUAAUUCUCCAUGCUGCAGCCAAACUGAUUUUUUUAAAUGCAGAUGUGAUCAUGUUAAUAAGACGUUAAAACCCUUCUUUGUUUUUGAAUUACCUUUAGAAUAAAUGCAAGAAUGUAUGAUAUGACCUGUAUAAUGAUUCAUAUUCUCACCCUGCUUUUUAACCCUAAUUUCAUUCUUAGACUCUCCCCUUCCAUGGAUUUUAAAGUUCAAGGCAUACUUCACUUCUCUGUGUUCCUCAAAAUGUCCAUCUAAAUAUUCCUUCUUCUCCUGGCUAGUUCCUUCAGAUGACAUUGUAUUGUUCAUUACCUCAGGAAAGCUUUCACUGAUGUCCCAAGUCUGACUCAGAUCUUAAUUAUUUUAUUUUUUGACAGACACUUAACCAGCACUUACAAGCCACUUUAUAAACAUUAACUCAUUAGAUGCCUACAAUAAUAAUCAUAAGAGGCAAAUAUUAUUAUUACCCCAUUUUACAGGUGAGGAAACAAAGGUAUCUGUAACUUGUCCAAGUUUAUAGAUAGUGAGUGACAGAAGUAGGAUUCUAAUAUUGACAAUUUGGUUCCAGAUCCCAUAUUCCUAACCACUAAGGUAUGCAACCUCCUAGCUACAAAAUGUCCUUUCUAGGUAUUUCUAUAUUAUUUUUAUAUAUGCAUACAUUAUGACAUACUUCAGUUAUUUGUCUGCCAAAUUUUCUAGCUUGUGAGCUCUGUAAUAGAAUCAUCUCUAACUUAUUUGAGCCGUGUCUUUCUUUAUAUUUUUAAAAUAUAAAAGUGAAAAAAGUAAUGACAUUACUAACUACAAUUGACUUAACAAGUAUUUACAAGAGUGAAGGAGAGAAUAUAUUUGUAAUUACUCAAGAAAUGACUUAAAUACAAAUUUAUUUCUUCAGGCUAUUUAACAGAUCCUUUUGUGUCAAGCAUUCAAAACAGUGAUAAUGCAGCGUAUGGACCUUUUCUGGAUUCAAAUUAAAACAAAUGAAUAGCAAAAAAAAAUUUGGAGAGAACUGGGAAAGCCAAUGCAGUAUAAGUUACGUCGAGGGAUUAUUGCUAAAGUUGUGAACACUGUAUUACAACUAUUUUUAGAGGGUCUUAUCUAUUAGAAAUACUUAGUGAAGUAUUUAAAGGCAAAAAAAAUAUGAUGUCUGGGAUUCAUUUUGAAUACCCAGGAUGUAUUUAUGAAUUGCUUUUUCAAAGAGGAAAACUUUUUAAUGAAAAAAACAUAAAGACGCAUGGUGGCGCUACAGGAUAAGAUGAGAACAGUACGAAGGCCGGCACGGUGACCUUCACUAUUCAGGAGAACAGAAAACAUCCAACCCACUGAAAAGACAGGCAUUAAAGGAGAUUCGCCUACAGGGCUGCUGGAGGAUACACUCUCCAGGGGUUUCCUACUAAAAAACCAGAGCUUCAGCUUCCAAAAUUGGGGCUGAGCUUGAAUUUUUCACAAGAGGUUGCCUGAAGGAACCAUGAAGAUCAGAGGGGCGCUCGCUCUGCAAAAAAGGCAAGUUCUGAUAUUCUUUGUUUUGCUAGGAUUGUCUCAGGCAGGUGCUGAAUCUGCACACUACUCUGUUGCAGAGGAAACAGAAAUUGGCUCUUUUGUGGGUAAUCUAGCGAGGGACCUAGGGCUGGAGGUGGAGGAGCUGUCUUCACGGGAAGCCCGGGUAGUGUCUGAUGAUAAUAAAAAGUAUUUGCACCUUGAUUUGCUGACUGGGGACUUGCUCCUAAGUGAGAAACUAGACCGAGAAGAGCUGUGUGGCUCCACCGAGCCCUGUGUGCUACAUUUUCAGGUGGUUUUGGAAAACCCUUUGCAGUUUUUUCAGGUUGAGCUGCAUGUCAAAGACAUAAAUGAUCACUCCCCUACAUUUCUAGACAAUGAGAUACUUAUUAAAAUAUCAGAAAGUACCACUAUUGGAACUACAUUCCUAUUGGAGAGUGCUCAAGAUUUGGAUGUCGGAAGCAACAGUCUCCAAAACUACACGAUUAGCCCCAAUUCUCACUUCUAUAUUAAAAUUCCAGACAGUGGUGACAGAAAGAUAUACCCAGAGCUGGUCUUAGAUAGAGCUUUAGAUUAUGAGGAGGAAGCUGAACUCAGAUUAACACUCACAGCACUGGAUGGUGGAUCCCCACCCAGGUCUGGGACAACUUUGGUUCUCAUUAACGUCUUGGACAUCAAUGAUAAUGCCCCUGAGUUUCCUCAGAGUCUCUAUGAGGUGCAGGCCCCUGAGGAUAGACCCAUUGGCUCCUGGAUUGUUACCAUCUCAGCUAAGGAUUUGGAUGCAGGAAACUAUGGGAAAAUAUCUUACACAUUUUUCCAUGCAUCAGAAGAUAUUCGUAAAACAUUUGAAAUCAAUCCAAUUUCUGGAGAAGUUAAUUUGAGAUCACCCCUGGAUUUUGAAGCAAUACAGUCCUACACCAUAAAUAUUCAGGCAACAGAUGGUGGCGGUCUUUCAGAAAAAUGCACCCUUCUAGUUAAAGUUAUGGAUAUAAACGACAACCCACCAGAAGUGACCAUGUCGUCGAUUACAAAAAGAAUUCCAGAGAAUGCCUCAGAGACCCUAGUAGCUCUUUUCAGUGUCCUAGACCAAGACUCUGAGGACAAUGGGAGGAUUAUUUGCUCUAUUCAAGAUAACCUCCCUUUUAUCCUGAAACCGACCUUCAAGAACUUUUUCACGAUAGUUUCUGAAAAAGCACUGGACAGAGAGAGCCAAGCCGAGUACAACAUCACCAUCACCGUCACUGACCUGGGGACUCCAAGGCUGAAAACGGAAUACAACCUAACA